AUGUUCUCCCUCACCGUCGUUUCUGUGCUCUCAUUGCUUUCUUCUGUCGUCGGUUCAACCGUAUACCUUGCAGGAGAUUCUACUAUGGCUCCUAAUGGUGAUGGGGCAGGAACAGGGACGGAUGGAUGGGGUCAAUAUAUUGGGCAGUAUCUAACACUGUCUGUCAGCAAUCAAGCGAUAGCUGGCCGUAGCGCUCGCAGUUACACUGACGAAGGACGCUUCACUAAUAUCAUUGACGAGGUUGUCGCUGGAGAUUUCGUGAUCAUCGAGUUUGGUCACAACGAUGGUUUAUCCGGAGACGUGGAUAACGGUAGAGAAGAUGCUUUCGGAGACAGUUUGACCACCACUGCAACAGUGACGGAAACAGACGGGAGCACGGAGGUCAUUCAUACGUUCAAUUAUUAUAUGACGAACGCAGUCAACUCUCUCAAAGCCAAAGGCGCCAUUCCAAUAAUUUCUUCCCAAACUCCUGACAACAUUUGGGACGGUGACGUGAUAGCUGCACCACCUCGAUUCGUGCCCUAUGCACAAGAAGUUGCUGGAAACACUAGCGUCACUUAUAUCGACCACUACGACUACGUUGCACAAGCUUAUGAAGCAAUCGGAGAGACUACUGUCAAUACGUAUUAUCCUAUUGACCACACUCACACCACCGUGACGGGUGCGAAUGUGGUUGCGGAAGCCUUCGUGCGAGGCCUCCUGUGCUCUUCGAGUACUCUGAAAAAUUUUGUGAACAGUGCAGGCCAAGCCGCUCCAAGUGAGUGA